AUGGCCGCUAAACCGAAAGACAAGCAGUUCACUCACCUCCCAAUCCCCAAACCCCAGCUCCUCGUCCCACUCCUCUUCUUCUCACUCUGGCUCAUAUCCCACCUCAUCUUCUUCUCCUCCUCUUCCAACACUACUACUAACAUUACCCUUAUUGCAGCUGAGGACGAAAAAUGCGACCCAGCUAUCGCAGCCUUGUACAUCGUCCCCCUUCCCUCCCGCUUCAACUCCGACCUCCUCCUCCAAUGCCACAUUCUCAGUCCUUACACCGACAUGUGCCCCCACAUCGCCAACCGUGGCCUCGGCCAACCCCUCUCUCCUUCCUCCUCAUGGCACGCAACCCACCAGUUCAUCGCCGAGCUCAUCUUCCACGCUCGCGCUGAAAACCAUCCGUGCCGAACUCCCGACCCUUCCUCCGCCGAACUCUUCCUCCUUCCCUUCUAUGCGGGCCUCUAUGCAUCCUCCCAGUUAUCCCAGCCCAACCUCACUCUCCGCGACUCCCUCGCCCAUGACUUCGCAACCCUCCUCCCAUCGCUCCCCACCUGGUCCAAAAGCCUUGGCCGCGAUCACUUCAUGGUCAUCGGCCGCACCUCCUGGGACUUCAUGCGCUCCCCCUCCUCUUCUUCUACCCCCGACUUUGGCGCAAACCCCCUUCUCCACCUCCCGGAGACCCAAAACAUCUCCGUCCUCACCGUUGAGCGCGUCCCCUGGCUCCCCCACAACCACUUCGCCAUUCCUUAUCCUUCUUACUUCCACCCUUCCGCCGCCACGGAACUAGCCGCGUGGCGCACGGCCAUCCUUUCCUCCCCUCGCACGCAUCUCCUCGCUUUCAUCGGCGGCCGACGUCCACCAAACGUAGAGAAAGCCGCAGCCCGCGCUCGCAUACUCCGUCAGUGUGGCGCCGCCUCGACCCGCUGCAUCCGGAUCGAGUGCCGGCCCCACAACCCGUCGGCCUGUCAUGACCCCGAGCGAGUUCUCUCCGUCAUGCGCCAUGCUGAAUUCUGCAUGCAGCCUCCGGGAGACUCUUUCACGCGCCGCUCCGUGUUCGACGCCGUGCUCGCCGGCUGCAUUCCCGUCUUCUUCUCGGAGCACACUGCAUACACGCAAUAUGUAUGGUAUAUGCCAGCCCGGCCCGAGGAGUGGUCCGUUUUUCUUGGACCGGACCGGUGGGAUCGAAUUGAGGAGGAGCUGGACCGGAUUCCUAAGACGGUGGUAGCCCGGAUGCGGGAGCGAGUGGUGGAGAUGAUACCACGCGUGACGUAUGCGCACCCCAACGCCAGCUGGCGGGAGCGUGGCUUCGCUGAUGCUGUCGACGUGGCGUUAGCGGAGCUGACGAAGUUUGUGCGGGGGACUGUAUCGCGGGCGUGAUUUAUAAAGCCCUAGCGUCGCCGAUAACAGUGCCACCUGUCACUUGCCGCCUGCCAUGUAGUUGGAGGCACGUAUAAUAGUAAUUUAGUGAAGCGUUUUCCUCAGAUAUGAAAAAAAGGCGAGGUAAUUAUUUUUGCUCCCAAAAUUAUA